UCCUAACUCUAUGGACACAGAACGGUCUGCUGUAAAGCCGACCAAUCAGGGGAAAGUUCGGCCAGUUAUGUAAAUCUAAUUUGAAUAGAUUAAAAAUUCUCUAGUUAUAUUUUAUUGCGGAUUUUUCAAAAUAUUUUUAAUCAGUGUUUUCAAUGCUGCUAUAAUUCAUUUUAAUGAUCUGAUUUUUGUUAAACAUUACGGAUUAAAUUACCAAUGUAUAUAUACUAUACUAUUUAUAUAAAUAAUGAUUAAUUUAGAACGUUAAAUCGUUAAGUCAUUUAAAAAAAAAUAUUUUAACAAAUAUUUUUUUUGUAAUAUUGUGUAAAUAAUUAAAAUAAAUUUAAUAAUAUCAUUAACAACAAAAAUACAGGAUUUUGUUUUUAUUUGCAGUCAUGAAAUUCCUGUUGAUCGCAGCCGCCAUUGUUGCUGUGGCCGUUGCAGGCCCAGCUCGCUUCAUUGUCCCCGGUCCCGCCGGACCCGCCCCAAUUAUUGUUGACGAGUCACCUAUCUCUGUUGGACCCGUCAUUGUUGACGAAUCACCCAUCUCUGUUGGCCCCGUUGUUGUUGACGAGGCACCCAUCUCUGUUGGACCCGUCGUUGUUGACGAAGCACCCAUCUCUGUUGGACCCGUUGUUGUUGACGAGGCACCCAUCUCUGUUGGACCCGUCGUUGUUGAGGAGUGGCCCAUCUCUGUUGGACCCGUAGUGGUUGACGAAGCACCCAUCUCUGUUGGUCCCGUUGUAGUUGACGAAGCACCCAUCUCUGUUGGACCCGUUGUAGUUGACGAGGCACCCAUCUCUGUUGGACCCGUCGUUGUUGAGGAGUGGCCCAUCUCUGUUGGACCAGUAGUGGUUGACGAAGCACCCAUCUCUGUUGGACCCGUUGUAGUUGACGAGGCACCCAUCUCUGUUGGGCCCGUCGUUAUUGAGGAGUGGCCCAUCUCAGUUGGACCCGUUGUGGUUGACGAAGCACCCAUCUCUGUUGGACCCGUUGUAGUUGACGAGGCACCCAUCUCUGUUGGACCCGUUGUAGUUGACGAGGCACCCAUCUCUGUUGGACCCGUCGUUGUUGACGAGGCACCCAUCUCUGUUGGACCCGUUGUUGUAGAGGAGUGGCCCAUCUCUGUUGGACCCGUUGUAGUUGACGAAGCACCCAUCUCUGUUGGACCCGUCGUUGUUGAGGAGUGGCCCAUCUCUGUUGGACCCGUUGUAGUUGACGAAGCACCCAUCUCUGUUGGACCCGUCGUUGUAGACGAGGCACCCAUCUCUGUUGGACCCGUCGUUGUAGACGAGGCACCCAUUUCUGUUGGACCCGUCGUUGUAGACGAGGCACCCAAACCCGUUGGACCCGUUGUUCUUCCCGCGCCCGCUCCCGAGCACGUACCCACUCCCUUAUUCAGCUCUCCUCUGGUUCAGGUCAUCGUCAAUGUCAAUGGCAAGUCAGUUGGAUUAAAACCUGAAAUUAAGCCAACCCCAGUGAUUGUUGUCGAACAGCCUGAAAUCGAGCCUACCCCAGUCAUUGUUGUUGAGCAGCCUGAAAUCGAGCCUACCCCAGUGAUUGUUGUGGAGCAGCCUGAGAUCGAGCCUACUCCAGUGAUUGUUGUUGAGCAGCCUGAGAUCGAGCCCACUCCAGUGAUCGUUGUUGAGCAGCCUGAGAUCGAGCCCACUCCAGUAAUUGUUGUUGAACAACCUAUAGUACCUGAGCCAGUCCUCGUCGCGCCCAUUGAACUGCCUGAGAUCGAGCCAACCCCAGUGAUCGUCGUUGAUGAGAACGUGGUUCCCGAGCCAGUCAUUGUCGCUCCCAUCGAGGUUCACCCCGUCGUCACUCUCCCCGAGGAGCUGAACUAA